AUGGGCGUUCUUGGCUUGACGCCGUUUCUCCAGAAAACAUGCCCAGAGGUAAUCAAAACGCUUCCGGACCGUCUGAACUCCCUUCGCGGUAAGACGGUGGCCAUAGAUGGGACGCUCAUUACCAUGCGCUUGCACUUUGCACCCAUGCCGCACCGCUAUAGACAUGUUCUUGGGUGGCAUCGUAUCAUAUCCGAGCUAAACAGCUGCGACAUUCGCGCCAUUUGUGUCUUCGAUGGAAAGGAGCGUAAUAAGGCGAAAGCCCGCGAGAACGAACGGAGAAAAGAAGUUCGCAAAGUUGAUACCGCUCGUGCGGCCAUUGAGGAUGACAGGCUAAGAAGAUUGAAGAAAAUUCAGCGCAUUCUGCCUGAAUACCGCAAGCUCAAGUCUGCAGAGCGUGAGCAGGUCACAGAAGAAUUGAAGUCGCUCCGAGCUACCUCAAGCACGUAUUCUAUACCUACGGUCCUUGAAGGAAUAUCCCCUCGAGGGCCUCGCUUCUCAAAACGACCUGUCUCGGUACUAGAAGAUGUAUCUGUACAGCAUAUCUCAGAUUCCGAAAUUCUAACGGAGAGACUGGGCCAACCUGUUUGGAAAAGCGUGGCAUCCUUCGCGGCUGAAGACCGAGAGGGCGAGCGGCAGGUGCGAAUUGAAGGGCAGGAACAGCGAUCCCAGCAGCGGGAGCCACAAUGUCAGCGGGAACAAGGAAAGCAACAAGCCCAGCUGGAGCGACAUGUACAGGAGACGCAGCGAGAACAGCGAAAACAACGGGAGCGGCAGGAGCAGCAGGAGCGGCAGACAGAACGGGAACAGGAGGCGCAUGAGGUGCAACGAGAACAACAGGCGCAGGAGGCUCAACGGGAAGUGCAGGUGCAGGAGGCGCUGCGGGAGGAGCAAGUGCUGCCAGAGCGACAGGUACAGGAUGUGCAGCGGGAGGAGCAGGAGCACCAAGGGCAACGCGAUCAGGCAAAACGGGAGAAACGGGAGAAGAAGGUGCAGCAAGUGCAGCAGGAACAACAGGAACAUCCGGCACAACUCGACGCUAGUGUCGAACAGCCAGCGGAAUCCGAGGCUCAGGAAGACAUGCUCGCAGCAGACCUUCAGGCGCUUCGAAUCUCGGAAGGAGAAGGCGAACCAUCCGAUCUGGAGCCUGUUGGUGCUAUUACGACCUCCCCCGAGGGUAUACGAGAAAGCCUAGCUUCCCUCUACCAAGGCUACCAGCUCAGCACCAGCGAAGUCAUCUCCCUCCCAGCCCCCAGCGGCCCUUCUGCAUCCGCCGCACCCGACCGAGAAGACGACGAGGGUGAAGCAGAAACCGAAGCCCGCGCUGCCCUCGCCAUGUCGAAAUCGCAGCUCCAGAUGACCCUCGACGAGGGCAAGUUCUGGGACUGGGUCAUCCGAUUCUCCGCGACGACGGCCCCACCACUAGAAGAAGAGGUCAACGCAGACACGAUGAUCGGCACCCUCGCCGAGAAAAGCGUGCUCGUCUCGGAAUCGUACACGCGCCGCACGAAGCCGCCCACGACGGAGACGUACGACCAGUGCAAGGAGAUCCUGCGCGCUAUGGGCGUGCCGUGCGUGGACAUCCAGGGUCCGUACGAGGCCGAGGCCGUCGCGGCGUCGAUGGUCGCGCACGGGCAGGCCGACUAUGUCGCGAGCGAAGACACGGACGUGCUCGUGUACGAGGUCCCGCUCCUCCGCAACAUCGCAAGCAAGGACGUGCCGCUCAUGCUUCUCGAGGGCCUCCAGGUCCGCGACGCGCUCCAGCUCUCGGACGAGCAGUACGUCGACUUUGCUAUCCUCCUCGGCACAGAUUUUUCGCAGCGUAUUAAAAAUGUCGGCCCCGCCCGCGCGCUGCGCUUCAUCCGCAAAUACGGGACCAUCGAGAAGAUGCUCACCGAGGAGACAAAGUACCCGCCGAAAGAAUCCGUCAAGGCCUACCUUCGGCAAGUGGAGGUUGCUCGUCUCGUUUAUACGACGUUUCCACCCUGCCCAGAUCCCCGGUUACUAGAGCAGAAGGCGGACUUGGAGAAGGUGAGGGAAAUAUUCGAACGCUGCGACCCACAAUGGACACACAGCGAUCAUGGAGACUAUCAUGAUGCUCUGACCGGGAACUAUUUCAGCGACAAUCCAUCCGCAUUUUAGAUAGAAACAGACACAAUCACAUAGUCCUUGCAUUAGACACAUAGUGUACUCAACCUUAAUUACGAUCAUUGACGACAUACCGACACCAAUAAUAUUCUGAAC